AUGAUUGGAGUUCCUCUAUUUGCUGAUGAAUGUACAACUCACCAGCAAAGAAUCACCUUUGCCAGGUUGUUAGUGGAAGUGGAUGUUACUAAAGAUCUACCUAAGAGUGUGAGUAUAGAGGAUGGUUCUGGGAGAGUCAUUGAACAAACAAUACAUUUUGAGUGGGCUCCUUGUUGUUGUUUGAAGUGUGGUACUAUUGUGCAUGAUUAUUCUAAAAAGAAAGUUGUACAAGGAAAAGAAGGGCCUAAGCCUAUUCAGAGAUGGGUCCCUAAAGUAGUUCAGACUACAUCUGCAAGAGCUCCUGUAAGUAGCCAGGACUCGGAGAGGUCUCGGGAGGCAGUUGAUGUUGUUAUGCAAUCAGCUAAGGAUACUGCAGUGAUUCAAGGAAAGCCUAUAGAGGAAGUAGGUGGGGUUAUUACAGCUGAUGCUGCUCAGCAAUCAACUAGCGACACUGAAGUGAUGAGCAAGCCUAAAGGGGUAGCAGUUGGGGUUGUUAGUGAGUUUCCAAGGAGUGAAGCUCCUACACAAGCUCCAGUAUGGAAUAUUAUCACUAGAGGACAGAAGGGAAAAGAUGUUAUAGAAGCUGAAAGGCCUGGUGUGGUUAUUCACAAUGUGGAUGAAGUUGGGAGUAUCUCAUUCACUCUCACCCGAGUGCACUGUAGGGUAGGUGAUCAGUGGUUGUUCACAGUGGUGUAUGGCUUGCACAUUGUGGAUGAUAGGAAAAGUCUUUGGGUGGAUCUUGGUAAUCUUGAUAAAAGUAUUCAUGAACCCUGGUGCAUUACGGGAGACUUUAAUGUUGUUCUCUCCACUGGGGAUAGGGAUAAUGGUGCUCCAGUAUCUAAUUAUGAAACUCAGGAUUUUAAUCAGCUACUUACUACCUCUGAUCUUAGUGAAUUUAAAUCAUGUGGUCACUUUUUCUCUUGGUCCAAUAAAGGAACUAGUGAUGCUAGAAUAAGUAGUAGAAUCGAUAGGGGCUUAGUUAGUUCUCUAUGGAUAACUAAGUAUCCUCAUGUGGUUGUGGAUUACAUGAAUCCUGGACUUUCAGUUCAUUCUCCUUUGAUAUUUCAAUGUGCUCAGACGGCUCAGGGCAAAGUUAGGCCCUUUAAAUUCUUCAAUCACAUGGCUGGUCAUGCGGAGUUCUUACUGCAGUUUGCAAAUAUGAGUGCAAGACUUGAUAAUGCUAGGGAGGAGUUACAGAGAGUUCAGACUCAGAUGCAGAGCUCCCCAUCAUGCCCUAUGCUUAUUCAGGCUAAAAAAGAGUGCACUUUGAUAUUGCAUAAGUUAUUGAAUGUGGAAGAAUCUGCUCUAAGGCAAAAAUCUAGAAUUAUGUAG